CCCCAUAUGCAGUAGCAGCAGGAGGGUGGCUUAGCUUGAUUCUUCUUGUUAUCAUUGCCAUUGCGGCCUUUUACUCAGGCUUAUUGAUUAAGAAAUGUAUGGAAGUAGAUUCAAAUAUCAAAACUUACCCCGACAUAGGAGAACGUGCUUUUGGUAGCAAAGGAAGACUUGUGAUAUCAAUUUUCAUGUACACAGAACUCUACCUAGUCGCCACUGGUUUUCUGAUUCUAGAGGGAGAUAACUUGGAGAACUUGUUUCCUAAUGUGGAACUUGAAAUGGCAGGAUUCCAUAUUGGUGCAAGGCAAAAAUUUGUUAUAAUUGUUGCUCUUAUUAUCUUGCCCACGAUUUGGUUGGAUAAUUUGAGCGUUCUCUCUUAUGUCUCUGCUAGUGGGGUUAUAGCUUCUGCUAUAAUUCUCUGUUCAAUCUUCUGGGCUGGAGCAUUUGAUGGAAUUGGAUUUCAUGAAAAGGGAAAGCUGCUGAAUUGGGAUGGAAUCCCCACUGCUGUUAGCUUAUAUGCGUUUUGUUAUUGUGCACAUCCAGUGUUCCCCACUCUGUACACAUCUAUGAAAAAUAAGCAUCAGUUCUCUAAUGUCCUGCUUGUCUGCUUCGUUGCAUGUACCAUCAGCUAUGCAUCAAUGGCAGUUAUAGGAUACUCGAUGUUCGGGUCUGCAGUUGAAUCACAUGUGACCUUAAACCUCCCUACCACAAAAUUAAGUUCAAGACUUGCAAUUUACACCGCCCUGGUGAAUCCCAUAUCAAAAUAUGCAUUGAUGAUUACGCCAAUAGUGAAUGUUACCAGGAAUUGGUUUCCAUGGUACUGCGACAAGAAGCCCUUCAACAUUUUCAUUAGUACUGCUUUAUUGAUGAGCACUGUAAUUGUAGCCCUGGCUUUCCCUUUUUUUGGUUUCCUCAUGUCCCUGGUUGGAGCAUUUUUAAGUGUCACAGCUUCAAUUUUACUUCCAUGUUUAUGUUAUCUGAAGAUUUCAGGCACUUACCGGACACUUGGAUUCGAAGUGGCAGUAAUAGGUGGAAUUUUAGUAUUGGGUGUUGUUGUCGUAAUAUUUGGUACUCACACUGCUCUCUUGCGAAUUCUAGGGCAUUCUGAUCAUUAAGUAACCAUAAUGGUAAUUUUUUUUAAAAAAAAACAUUAUUUCUUAGAAGGGAAGGGGAGA